UUCCUUUUAUAUGUCAAUUUAUUAUAUGUUUGAUUUUUGAAUCCAAUUCUUGAUUAUGUCGUUUAUUUCUUUGUGUGCUUCUAUGUCAAAAUAAAUGGUUGGUUUCAUGAAUUCGAUUUUUUAUUUAGAGGGUUCAGUUGGAAUCUGGGAAUCAGUUCUUAUUCAAUUGGUAAUCUCUCCCCUUCUAUAUGGGUUUGUUCAUACGUCAAUAUGUCAUUGAAGUUUUGUCUGCUUUCCUUGACUUCCAUAUCAGAUCUGUAAGUUCAUAGGAGUAUGAUCAACUGGGAGGCUGCACACUUGCCCAAUUUUGUUGUGGCACCUCUAUAGAGCUCAUGGGGGGUGAGUAAAAGUGAUUGCUUCUCAUGAACUUGAAGUCAGAGACUCAGAAGAUCUUUGUUCAGUUGAUUGAGUAGGAGUAUUCCAGGACUAUGUUCUCCAUCCAGAAAUGGUGCUCAUGGUCUCUGGUGGCAACUAUUGCUUCCACAGUGGCGUUGGUUUCAAUAGUUCAUCUAUUCUGGUUUCCUAUAGUGCCUUCAUUCGAUUACUUAGCUGCCAGGGAAGCUCAGAAUUCAUGUGUCCCAAUGAAUGGAUCAGCUAAAGCAGAUGAGGACAAUACUGUGAAAAACCUGCCUUCUAUUAACUUAGAUGUAAAGUUUCCAGCUGACUUGCAUAAAGCAGUAGUUUACCAUGGUGCACCAUGGAAGGCUGAGAUUGGCAGCUGGCUAUCUGGUUGUGAUUCAAUUACUACAGCAGUCAAAGUCGUUGAGAAUAUUGGUGGCCAGAGCUGCAAAAAUGACUGUAACGGUCAAGGCAUUUGCAAUCAUGAACUAGGUCAAUGUCGCUGCUUUCAUGGAUACAGUGGGGAAGGGUGCUCUGAGAGAUUGAUAUUGGAAUGUAAUCGUCCAACAUCACAGGAUCAACCCUAUGGGCAUUGGGUCGUGUCAAUAUGUCCUGCUUAUUGUGACACAACAAGAGCAAUGUGUUUCUGUGGAGAAGGCACCAAAUACCCAAACCGUCCGGUUGCUGAAGCGUGUGGGUUUAAAGUGAAAUUGCCUUCUGGACCUGGUGGUCCCAAAGUGACUGAUUGGACGAAGGCUGACCUGGAUAAUAUAUUUACUACAAAUGGUAGUGAACCUGGAUGGUGUAAUGUGGACCCAGCAGAUGCAUAUUCUGGAAAGGUUCAUUUCAAAGAAGAAUGUGAUUGCAAAUAUGAUGGUUUAUUUGGCCAGUUUUGUGAGGUGCCCGUGUCAUCCACUUGCAUUAAUCAAUGCUCUGGCCAUGGACAUUGCCGUGGAGGAUUUUGUCAAUGUGACCAUGGCUGGUUUGGAGUAGAUUGCAGUGUACCAUCAGCUUCAUCAUCGGUAAGAGAAUGGCCUCAAUGGCUUCGACCAGCUCAGAUUAAUAUCCCUGAUAGUGCACAUGUAGGUAAUCUUGUUACUCUGAAUGCUGUGGUGGAAAAGAAAAGACCCCUGGUUUAUGUUUAUGAUUUGCCCCCAGAGUUCAACAGUCAUUUGCUUGAGGGACGGCAUUUCAAGCUUGAGUGUGUAAAUAGAAUAUAUGAUCAGAAUAAUUUUACACUGUGGACAGAUCAGCUGUAUGGUUCACAGAUGGCAUUCUAUGAAAGUAUUCUAGCAAACCCUCAUCGUACAUUAAAUGGCGAAGAAGCAGAUUUUUUCUUUGUUCCUGUUCUUGAUGCAUGCAUAAUAACUCGUGCUGAUGAUGCACCGCACUUGAGUAUGGAGAAACACAGGGGUCUAAGGAGCUCUCUAACUCUGGAAUUCUAUAAGAAAGCAUAUGAUCACAUUGUGGGACAAUAUCCCUUCUGGAACCACUCAUCUGGAAGAGACCACAUAUGGUUCUUUUCAUGGGAUGAAGGUGCUUGCUAUGCCCCCAAGGAGAUAUGGAACAGCAUGAUGUUGGUCCAUUGGGGUAAUAUAAAUUCAAAGCAUAAUCAUUCAACAACAGCUUAUUGGGCUGAUAACUGGGAUGGAAUUUCUUCUGAUAUACGAGGCAAACAUCCAUGCUUUGACCCAGAUAAAGAUCUAGUCCUUCCUGCAUGGAAAAGACCUGAUGCAAAAUCCUUGAGCUCAAAACUUUGGUCUAGGUCCCGUGAGGAGCGGAAGACAUUGUUUUACUUCAAUGGAAACCUGGGGCCAGCUUAUGAUUACGGAAGGCCAGAACACACAUAUAGUGUGGGCAUCAGGCAGAAAGUGGCUGAAGAGUUUGGGUCAACUCCUAACAAGGAAGGUAAGCUUGGGAAACAGCAUGCUGAAGAUGUGGUCGUGACCCCACUACGUACUGGUAAUUAUCAUGAAGAUUUGGCAAGUUCACUUUUUUGUGGUGUUAUGCCUGGAGAUGGUUGGAGUGGUCGAAUGGAAGACAGUAUAUUGCAAGGCUGCAUACCUGUGGUCAUUCAGGAUGGCAUCUACCUGCCAUAUGAGAAUGUGCUCAACUAUGAAAGCUUUGCUGUUCGUAUACAGGAAGAUCAAAUUCCAGAUUUGAUAAAAAUUCUAAGGGGAUUCAAUCACACAGAAAUAGAGUUCAGGCUGGCAAAUGUACAGAAGAUCUGGCAGAGAUUCUUGUAUCGUGAUUCAAUUUUGCUUGAGGCUGACCGGCAGAAAACUUCAUUGGGACGGCUGGAUGAUUGGGCUGUGAAGUUUUUGCAGCUAGGUGAAGAUGAUGCCAUUGCUACUGUCAUACAGGUUUUACACUACAAGUUACACAACGCCCCUUGGAGGCGCCAACUUGCUCGUACUAAGCAGGAGUUCGGGUUACCACAUGAGUGCCUGAUAAGAACUACUUAGUACUAGACUAACUCAAGCAGAUUGACUGAUUUUGCGGCUUUUUGGUUGGAAAAACCGAAGAAGCAGACCUCAAAGCCUGACAAGAGAGUUCAAAUUUAGGUGACUAUUUGAUAUUUCCACAAGGAGCAGCAUGCACACGGCAGCCAUAUCGAGAACACGGUUUGUGAUGGGAUUUCCAAUUUUGCCGAUAGGAAGGAGAGGAGGAAGAUGUCAAUAAUUGUCUCUGUUUCUGUUUCUUGAAAAUGUGUUUACAACUACAAGUGGGAUCACCUCUUAGAAACAGUUGACUAGAAACAUAGGAAAAAGAAAAUUACAUGGAAGAUCUACCUAUCUUCACAAAGAAAAGAUUCAACUCUUAGAAGUCAAGGUAUAGGUAUUACAUUGAUGAACUAUCUGUACUUGGGAUGUUAAGACAUUCUUCAUUCUUCCCAUGGCUUACUGGCUUACCGGGCAUUGAAGAUUUUGGAAUAUUUAGUUGAGGGAGAUCUUUCUGGUUUCUUCCCUGGUUGAUUGAAUGAUUAUGGAAUUUGUUA